CGCUCUGCUUUACUAUGAACCUCAAUGGAGACUCUAUAGGAACUUGCGCGAAUGCAGGCUUUUAAUUUAUAACACGAAGUUAGGUUUUUACUAGCAGCACCACCACCAGAUCUGUGGUUCACAAUUUGACAGAUAAUUUCAAGUCUUAAAAACAAGAAGCGGGCAGACCUUGAAGUUUGUCUACAAGUGUUUUGAAUGAGGAACUCGUCUCAGGCUAACGUUAUGUAGCAAGCUAAUCUCAAUCAUCCAUUCGUAAACUCAGCGAUCGCUUCACAAUCUGUUCCAACUGUUACAGCUCACACAAAGGCAUGACCGAGUACAAACUUGUGGUGGUCGGGGCAGGAGGUGUGGGGAAGAGCGCGCUCACCAUCCAGCUCAUCCAGAACCACUUCGUUGAUGAAUAUGAUCCAACCAUCGAGGACUCGUACAGAAAACAGGUGGUGAUUGAUGGAGAGACGUGUCUGUUGGACAUCCUGGACACUGCAGGUCAGGAGGAGUACAGCGCCAUGCGGGAUCAGUACAUGAGGACAGGGGAGGGCUUCCUCUGUGUGUUUGCCAUCAACAACAUCAAGUCCUUCGAGGACGUUCACCUCUACAGAGAGCAGAUCAACAGGGUGAAGGACAGUGACAGCGUCCCCAUGGUGCUGGUGGGGAACAAGAGCGACCUGGGUACCCGCACGGUGGAGACGCGGCAGGCGCAGGAGCUGGCACGAAGCUAUGGGGUGCCGUUUGUCGAGACCUCUGCCAAAACCAGACAGGGGGUGGAGGAGGCUUUCUAUUCGCUAGUGCGGGAGAUUAGAAGAUAUAAAGAGACCAACCGUAGCAACAAGAAGAGCAAGAAGAACACUCAGAGACGUUGCAUAAUACUAUAGCAAACCACACACACACACACACACACACACACACACACACACACACACACACACACACACACACACACACCAGCAUCCCGUACAGCACUUGUUUCAUGCUCCUCUUCACACACUGCACCUCCUCUGUCACGGUGAAGAUGUCUAGCACAGCUCCGGGGACAGGGAAGCAGACGUGGCAAAAUCCAUUUUCUACUGCUGUCAGUUUCCACUGAAAAGUAUGCGACCACAAGAUUGUGCAUUCAUCCAUCCACUGUGCAGUGUUCAGUUAACGCUGUGAAUUCAUUUGAUUUUUGUUUUGAUGAUCUAGAAACAUCUCGAAACUGCAGUUUUAAGUUGAGUUUAUUUUUUCUUUAACUUUGUCUGUGGUAGAAAGACGAAACUAAAUGAGAAUUUGUAGAAUUUCAUUCUCUUAUUUCUAGUUGUCAUUUUCCGGCCAGUGUUUUUACACUCAGCUCCUGUUGACUAUUCAGGGGUCGAGGGUUCACAGUGGUGCUUCACUGCACUUUGCACUGUUACGUCUCCAAAAAUAUUUUAGUACUCAACAAAUCGUUUAGCGUGGUGAAAUUGAAAUUAAGUCCAGCAAAUAAAAUGAAAACGGUGUCAUAUUGACGAGGAUACUGUUUUACUGUGCAAACAUUUUGCUUCCAGACAGAUUACUUUUUAAUAGGUUAGUGUGUCCUCCGGGCUUGAAACAGAAGUAUCUGCUUUUUUAUUUUUCUCCGUAUGUCCAUAUUUCAGUGGAACAGCUGUCUUAAGAUGGGCCCCCCACAGCAACAAAGCCUUAGAGUUGUGUUCCAGCCUCCGAGGUGCACUUUAUUCAUUUCCUGUUAUGUUUAUUGUAGAAUUUGGGAUUAGUUGGUGCCAUUUUAAAAGUUUACUCAGGAAUAUAGUGUUUUAUGAGGAACUGAGGAAUAACAAGGCCAAGAGCCAUUUCAAAUGAUUGGUUGAGAUGUGAUGCCUGUGCCCUUCACUUCACACCAUCAUUAACUUGUUUGAAGUGUCCACCCUGCUGUUCGUUCCACACAGUACUCCAAAGUCCACUUUUAAUGCAAUUUAUAGGUCAGUCCCAGUGUCAAGUCACUCUGUCCAGGCACUGUUUACGCUCCAGCGCACUGCACCAGAGUAUGUAGCAUAUACAAACAUCUCUGUGGUACACAUUAAAACCGCACUGAUGCUGCAGCCAGUGGUUUAAUCGGUGAGAAAUCUCCAGAGCUCGGACACAGCAGCAGUUAUCUGAUCAUAGGGCUUUUUUUUAAGUAGUGUUUGUCUUCUUUGAUAAUUACAUCACCCUAAGUGUAAUGGAUUGUUAUAUUUCUAUUUUUGUAGCAUUACAACAGCUUUCCCCUACAUUUGUAUUAAGAACCUGCCACCCAUAUAUUUGCUAAAGUUAUAUCAGUGUUCAAUGAGCUAACUCUAGAUGCAUCCGGCUAAUAGGUGAUUCCAUACAUGAAGGAUUACCACUGUGUGAUGGUGUCAAACCGGCAGCUUCCAAAUGCCCGUCUCAUGAUCUGGACUUCAUGUAGUUACAUUGUUAAAAUAUAGAGUAACUCAAAAAAUUGAUUUGAGCCAAACAAGUCUGACUGACAGCUGAAUUUUUAAUGCACUCUGCUGUAAAGAACAAGUAAAUGUCUUAAACCUUUA